AUGCGCUUGUUUAGGACCAGUGCCCUGCAAAAGGGCUGCUUUAUCUUUCUAGUAUUGGCCUUCUCGACGUUGAUUUCUGCCGUCGAUGUCAACGUUUGCUCUAGUUUCAACACGGCCGAGACGCCACUGAACGUCAGCAUAUACCAAACGAAUGGACUGUGCCAAGGAUUUUGUAUAAAGAAGAACUACGCCUUGGCCAUCACGCAGCAGAACUCGUGCUGGUGCUCCAACUACUAUCCCGACAAGGGCUCGACAGUCGACGUCAAGGAUUGCAACGUACCUUGCCCUGCCUGGCCUACCGAGUACUGCGGCGGCCAAGGCUUGUUUGGCUAUCUCGUUCUUAACGAAGUGGCCCCGUCGGGCACGAAGACGGCGCCGGCUUCCUCCACGACACCCACCCAGCUGAGCACCGUGAUCGUGACCGAUAGUGUGACUAAGACUGUGGUGCAGAGCACAGCUUCAACCUCCGCUUCGACGUCCUCCAGCUCCAUGGCUACCUCCACCUCCGCCUCUUCUACUUCCUCAUCUUCUUCCUCUUCCUCUUCCUCCACUUCUUCCACCACUUCUUCCUCCACAUCAGAGACGCCGACUACUUCUACAAGUAGCUCAUCCUCUAGCAGAGCUAACAUUAGUAGCAGCACCGGCAGCUCUCCAACACCGACAGAGGAUCCAAGCAAAGAUCAAAGCGGCGGCGGCAGCACCAGCGAUGGGUCGUCCAAAAAGUCGGGUCUGAGCAGCGGUGCCAUUGCCGGAAUUGCGGUUGGCGUGGUUGGCGGUGUGCUGGCCAUUGCCGCUGCUCUCUUGUUCUGGUUCCUGCGACGAAGAAGACAGGGCAAGGACGAGUACCAAAACGACCCGAGCGUACGAGGCAGCUCAUCCGGCAUGGUGGGAGUCCCCGGAGACUUGACGGGCAACAGCGGCUCGCCGGCCUCGCCCGUUUCGGUUGCCAACAGAAACAGCACGAUCCAGAUCGAUCCCCGAAUGGACCCGUUCAAGCAAGGCCUCUACAUCCGCGGUAGCCACGAAAGUCUUAACACGCUGCGCGACGACCACGACUAUUCGCGACGCAUCCAGCCGCCCAAGGUGCUUCGGGCCGUGAACCCGGAUCCCGAAGAGCCCUAA